AUGGCGGCAGCGGUCCAACAAGCCGGCGCCAAUGGCGGGCAACAACCUCAAGUCCAACCAUGCAGAUACAAGGUCGGCAAGACAUUAGGUGCAGGGUCAUACUCAGUGGUCAAAGAAUGCGUGCACAUCGACACAGGGCGGUACUAUGCCGCAAAGGUCAUCAACAAAAGAUUGAUGUCAGGGAGGGAACACAUGGUCCGCAAUGAAAUCGCCGUGCUGAAGAAGGUCUCGAUGGGCCACCAGAACAUUCUCACCCUGGUCGACUACUUCGAGACGAUGAACAACCUCUACCUGGUGACAGACCUGGCGCUGGGCGGCGAGCUGUUCGACCGCAUCUGCCGCAAGGGGUCGUACUACGAGGCGGACGCGGCGGACCUGGUGCGCGCGACGCUGUCGGCGGUGGCGUACCUGCACGACCACGGGAUCGUGCACCGCGACCUCAAGCCCGAGAACCUGCUGUUCCGCACGCCCGAGGACAACGCGGACCUGCUGAUCGCGGACUUUGGGCUCAGCCGCGUCAUGGACGAGGAGCAGUUCCACGUGCUGACGACGACGUGCGGCACGCCGGGCUACAUGGCGCCCGAGAUCUUCAAGAAGUCGGGCCACGGCAAGCCGGUGGACCUGUGGGCGCUGGGCGUCAUCACCUACUUCCUGCUGUGCGGCUACACGCCCUUCGACCGCGACAGCGACUUCGAGGAGAUGCAGGCCAUCCUCAACGCCGACUACAGCUUCACGCCCGUCGACUACUGGCGCGGGGUGUCGGACGGCGCCAAGGACUUCAUCCGCCGCUGCCUGACCAUCGACCCGGCCCGCCGCAUGACCGCCCACGAGGCCCUGCAGCACCCCUUCGUUGUCGGCUACAUGACCGGCGACGGCUCCGACAAGGGCGCCAACCUGCUGCCCACCGUCAAGAAGAACUUCAACGCCCGCCGCACCCUGCACGCCGCCAUCGACACCGUCAGGGCCAUCAACAAGCUGCGCGAGGGGCAGGUCGCCGCCGGCCUCAUGGACGGCGCCAAGAGCCAGGAGCCCACGAGGGGCCAGGCCAGCCCGAGCGCGGCCGGCGGUGCGAAGAAGGAGGAUAGCGGUGUGAGCAUGAAUAGCAGUCGGAACAACGACUCGGGCUAUGCUACGCAGCCCGAUGGGGACGUUACAAUGGGUGAAGCACCGCCUCUGUCGGCCAGUCAGGUGCCGGUGAGUUUGAGGCCGGCUAGUUGGUGCAGCAGCGAGAAGCUGUCCAAGAUCGUCGCCCACGUCGGUUCUCAGAAAGGCAACGCUGGAGGCCACCAUGAUUUUCCCUCUCUCAAACGGCCGGAUCAAAUCUACGACGAGCUCAGGUUGGACAAAAUCCAGCUCGAGCACAGCUCAAGACACAAGAACGGUCGCGCAACAACAAGCCCCAUCAAUCGUCCUGUCAUUCUGAUUGGCACUUACCAGGAGCCCAUAUACCUGGGUCGCAUUACCCACGCCAAUAACCAGGGCUGCGGAGGGGCCCACCAGUCAUCAAAGACACGCCCCCGGGGGAUCAGGAUGCCCGUUCCCCAGGGGGGAAGAGGAAACCCAAACCCGCCGCCCAAGAAGCUGAGCCUGACCGGACAGCCCGGCCCCGGGAACGACGGCAAGCCCGCCCGUCGAGUUGGGCACCUCGUUCCCGCCCUGCCGCUUGCCCUCCUUGCGCGCAACCGCGAGCCUUGCGAGAGAGGGAAGCUCACCGAGACCCGCCAGCGCUCAGGGCUCUCGGUAGCCCACAAUUAA